AUGCCGCUUCCUUCGUCGUUUGUGCGUGGAGUGCACGAUUGUGUUGCGAGGUUCCCGCUGCUGCACGAUGCCCGCGCUGCGCCGCUUGCGUACGGGACGGCCGGGUUUCGGACCACUGGCAGCUUGCUUCCCGCUGUGGCGGCGCGUGUCGCUUUUGUGGUGGUGCUGCGGGUGUGGUGGGCUGUGGGCAAUACUGCCGCGCCUGCUGGCUGCGCCGUUGGCUGCAUGAUCACUGCCUCGCACAACCCUGCCGCAGACAACGGCCUGAAGCUGGUUGACGUUGACGGCGGCAUGCUGGCGGCGUCGUGGGAGGGUAUCUGCACCGCUGCCGCCAACGCCGCCACCGGGGAGGAGCUUCUCAAGGCACUGGAGGAUUGGGCGACGACAAACAACAUUUGCCCGCCCACAGGGGAGGCAGUUGCGGUGCGCUGUCCAUUCGGCGCUGCACAACUCGCCCGCGACACGCGCCCAUCGGGGGUGGAUAUUCUCCGCGCGUUGGUGGCUUCACUGGAGGCGGCGGCUGUGCCGUUUGCCGACCACGGCACGGCCCCAACGCCGCUGCUGCACUAUAUGGUGCAGCGGGCCAAUCGGCCGUCGACAGUGGCGGAGGUGCCAAGGCCUUCGAACUUCGGGCCAGCGCUCUACCGCCAUGAUGUGCUCUCAGCACUGGCAGCGCUUCUGCAUGCGGUGGUGCCGCCGUCACAGGGCAAGCGAAAGCGACAGAAGGUCGUUGUGGACGCAGCCAACGGUGUGGGGACUCUUGGGAUGAAGGCGUUCCUCCGUGCCGCGCAGGAGUUGCCGUCGAACCCAUUGGAGGAGUUCUUUGACAUUGUCCUCCUCCACGACGACGUGGACAGCGUGGAUGACCUCAACCAUAUGUGUGGUGCUGAUUUUACACAAAAGACGCGUUCGCCGUCAGCUGACAUGAAACGAUGGGCGGCAGUGCACAGAGAGCAGGACGAGGAGGAGGAAGUGCACUACUACACGCUUGACGGGGACGCCGAUCGCGUUGUGGCCUUUCUCCAUGACUCUGCUGUGGGCGACGUGUGGCAUUUGCUGGACGGCGACCGCAUGCUGAUACUGUACGCUCUGGCGUUACGGCACUGGCUCGGAGAAUGUGUGCUUCACUCGCUCGACGUGGGCGCGGUGCAGACAGCGUACGCGAACGGGGCGUCAACCGACUACCUGCAGCAUCGUCUGGGGCUCCGUGUGUACACCACCGCCACAGGCGUAAAGCAUCUGCACCCCAUUGCCCAUCAGCGUGACAUUGGCGUGUACUUCGAGGCCAACGGCCAUGGAACCGUCCUGUUCAAUUGCGAGGCAAUUGCGUCGAAGCUUUCUGCUGCUGUGGACCCCCAGGCACGCGCGGUGCUGGAGUUUCUGCCUGUGCUUCUUUCACAGGUCUGUGGUGAUGGGAUUGCGGAUUUGUUUGCGUGCGAGUUGGUUCUCUUGGCGCUGCGGAUGAGCUUCCGUGCGUGGUACCAGCUCUACACGGACCUGCCGUCGCUGCAGAGCAAGGUCGCUGUGAGCAACCCCAAGGUGGUCACCAACACGCCGGACGAGCGACGCGCCUUGUCGCCACCGGGGCUGCAGGAUGCGAUUGAUGCGGCGGUUGCUGCUGCGAGUGCCGCACCGCAUUCGGCUGCGCGGGCGUUUGUGCGGCCAAGCGGCACUGAGCCAAUCGUGCGUGUUUACGCGGAGGCGAGCGACGCGGCAGCGUGCAAGAAGCUCGGCGAUGUUGUGGAGGGCCUCGUGAGGCGCUAUUGUGAAUAG